AUGGCUGGGGCUGAGGAGGCAGAAAAGGCAUGCACUGCCUCGGCAUCACCCGAGACCAGUGCCGAGCUUGCGGCCGCCUUCAAAUGUAUGGAGCAAUGGCUUGGCGGGUACAGUAUUAAUACCGAACAUAUUGCUCAAAGCCCCUCCUCCACCGUCUACCGUCUCUAUUCCAGCAGGUAUGACAAAAUGGGAAGAGUUUCAUGAUUUACUAGCCUAAAAUCAACUUACUUUGAUAUCCCAGGUACAAGAGUGAUGUGGCUGUCAAGAUUGUGGACACCACUGCCCUCCCGGCUCAUUACGAAUCGACGUUUUUGAAGAGGGAAAUUGAAAUCUGUCGAACUCUCAGCCAUCCAUUCAUCUGCCAUACUUACGGAGUCUUCUUCCCUCUGGAUUCACAGGUCGCAUUCGUGUUCCAAUAUUACCAUGGUGGUACAAUGUUAGACAUGAUCCUCAAGAACAACAAAGUGUCGGGUACGUCUAGCCUCGGUUAGACGGAUCUUUUACAAUUAUUUUACAAUUGAUUUUGUUUUUUUUUACAUUUGACAUUUAGUUCAUAUUUGCAACUAAAUGCCACAAAUUUUAUUGGAUUUUUUGCGAGAUUUUUUGCAAUGUGGGACCCUUCAAGACGCAUGUUUUAUAAUUUCAGAAGACCAGUCAGCAGUUAUAUUUCGCCAGUUGAUCGAAGCCAUCCGCUAUCUUCAUGACAAAGACAUUGUCCAUAGAGAUGUCAAGUUAGAAAAUGUAUUAUUCGACAAUUUUGGGAACGUCAAGCUUGCAGAUUUUGGAUUUGCUCGAAGAAUGGGAUCGAAACUAGACAGGUCCAAGUCUUUUUGUGGAACAAAGUAAGUGUUUCUUCAUUGCAAUUAAAAGCGAACAUGUUUCAGACCUUACUCUUGUCCGGACGUCGUAAAACACAAAGAAUAUGAUCCUUUCUCUAAUGACUGGUACUCAUUAGGUGUUGUGCUGUAUACGUUGAUCAGUGGGAGAUGGCCUUAUGUAAGUUUUUCUGCCUUUAACUGCGUUUCCCUUAUAAUUUAUGUGUAACACACCCAAAAUAAAGCGUUUUCCGUUAUUCAUGGAAAGGUGGCCCUGUUCUUGUCUUGGAAUGCUGAUUUCAGAACCUGCAAGAGCUAGAAGAUGCAUCCAAGUCUCCAACGAAUUGGCCUAAGAUCUGGUAUCCCCAAGAUAUGUUCAGUUCGGAAGCGGUCGAACUUCUUCAACAUCUCUUGCAGGAGAUUGCAUACAUGAGGGCGGAUUAUCAUAUCUGUCUCAACAGCAAGUUCAUGGUGAAGUAUGGGCAAGGACCGACUCAGCACCCAAUUGUUCGAGGACCUUAUAAUGCUUUAACCUUCAAGUAG